UUGAUUACAUAAAAUACCUUGAGCAGAAAUGAGUUCCAAGAAACUUCUUUUGUCUUGCAUUUCGUUGCCUAUAGUUCUAAUGAUCACUUCGCAGGUGGAUGCUAGGGAAUUGGCUGAAACUUCCACGUCAGUGUCAGUUGACAAUUCCAAGACAGAAGAAGCAAAGUACCCAGGUGGCUAUGGUGGGUACCCCGGAGGAGGAUAUGGUGGUUAUCCCGGAGGGGGGUAUGGAGGGUAUCCUGGAGGAGGUUAUGGGGGGUACCCAGGUGGUGGAUAUGGGGGGUAUCCAGGAGGAAGGUAUGGUGGAUAUCCUGGGGGCGGCCGUGGUGGUUAUGGUGGAAAUUGUCGCUUUGGUUGUUGCGGCCGAAACUAUUAUGGCGGGGGUUGCAGGUGCUGCUACUAUCCUGGUCAGGCUGUGGAUGCUGAGCCUCAGAACUAAUAAAGCCAGCUUCUAGCAAGCUCAUGAAUGCUUAAGCAAGCUCAUUGGUGGUAUAUAGCAGUACUUAGCAGUAUGAAGUGCAGAUAAGAGCUUGAUUAUUGAUCAUGUAAUAUGACUCCAUGUAUUUGUUGGGUAGUUAAAUAUUUCAAGUAUGCGAGUGUAUUUGUGUCUCGUUUUGAGCACUUUUGUCGUGAUGACAAAAUAUUUCAUGGGAUAUGUCUUCAAUUCAGUCAUUCUCCACUAAAAAUUGGGUAAGGUUAGUAUUUCAAAUUAGAAAAAAUCGAGGCUUAUU